UUACCCCCAGUAAGAAGAGAACCAACUUCGUAGGACGGAAAACCCAAGAGCUAAACCUGCAGUUGCCUCGAAUUCCGCGAAAUAUUUAUAACCACACUCGACAUGUUACAUCAGUCAACAUGUCGAAAAAAAAGAUUCCCCUUUGGCCUCAAGUGUUUUUAAAUGUUACGUAUGAAAGCCACAUUGUUUACAAGUAAAAAAAGGAAAGAAAAAAAAGACCUUCCUUUCCUGUUCCCCUUUGUACCCUGCUGAUUUUGUUUUGGAUGGCAGAAAGGUCACGGACCUGAGCUAUUCCUUGGCUAAUCUCCCAUAAUUGGACAAUCGGCCCCUAUUACAGCCAUUAUAUUUGGGCCUGUUGAGCAAUAGUGGCUUGUCUUAUACAUCCUAAUGCAAUACCCAGUCCACUGGGAUGCUUUAAAUACCUUAACCAUUCAUGAAAGAAUAGCAUGGCAUCUUUUGUUUCUUUUUUUUCCUCAGGUGCAUAGAUGUCUGGCAUAACUAUGGAUCUAUGAACAACAGCCCCCACUGCUACUUUACAAGUCUUAAUCUCAAACUAAUGAAAGCACCCUUUUUAAAUUUUUUCCUCCAGGUCUCCCAGGACUUACUGUACAUCUGUCAAAUAUGUGAAGUCCUUCUCUUCCCAGUGGACUCUUCGGUUACAAGCAGCGAGGAACUUGACUAGUAGGAAACAUCUUGGACCCGGCCUGGGUUUUGUCACCGGGCGGGCCCCUCGACAAAAUUCGAAAAAGCUGAAGUCUCUUAUGUGUUUUAUGUACUUCCUCCCAGGACACAACCCGAUUGACUUCUCUGCCGCCGUUGAGCCCUCGACGCCGUCAAAACAACCCAGUCCUCUUGUCAUGUGGGUACAUUACAGAAAAAGGCUCAUAUUACCCUCACUGGCAUCGCCGCCUCUCACUUCGCCAUGGACCGGAAUAAACGCAAUUCCAUUGCCGGGUUCCCUACGCGACCUGAACGCCUCAACGAGGAAAGGGACAGUGUCGGAGGGGUAGGGGUCUGCGAGAUGGGCAUGGGCCCGCACCCACAGGUGGGCAGGGUGUGGCCUUCGUCCUACAGAGCCCUCAUCAGUGCCUUCUCCUGUCUCACACGCCUCGAUGACUUCACCUGCGAGUGGAUUGGCUCUGGAUUUUUCUCGGAUGUCUUCAAAGUACGUCACCGAGCGUCAGACCAAGUUAUGGCUCUGAAGAUGAACAAGCUCAGCAGCAACAGAGCUAACAUGUUGCGAGAGGUCCAGCUGAUGAACCGGCUCUCACAUCCAAACAUACUCAGGUUUAAGGGAGUGUGUGUCCACGAAGGCCAGCUUCAUGCUCUGACGGAGUACAUCAACGGGGGAAACCUGGAGCAGCUUCUCGACAGCAACACGCACCUGAGUUGGCCGAACAGGGUGAAGCUGUCCUGUGAGAUCGCCAGCGGUCUGGCCUACUUGCACUAUAAAGGCAUAUUCCACCGGGACCUCACCUCCAAGAACUGCCUGAUCAAAUGUGAUGACAACAGCUUCACAGCAGUGGUUGGAGACUUUGGCCUGGCAGAGAAGAUUCCCACGACUGUUGCUGAAAGAGAGAAGCUCUCCGUCGUUGGCUCUCCUUUCUGGAUGGCCCCAGAGGUGCUGAGAGACGAACCCUACAAUGAGAAGGCCGAUGUAUUCUCCUAUGGAAUAAUCCUGUGUGAGAUCAUUGCGAGGGUCCAGGCCGACCCGGACUUCCUUCCACGCACAGAGAACUUCGGCCUGGACUACCACACGUUCCAGCACAUGGUCGGAGACUGUCCGCCCGACUUCCUCCAGCUGGCUUUCAACUGCUGCAACAUGGACCCUAAACUCCGUCCAUCCUUCCCAGACAAUGUCAGGCACCUGGAGGACAUUCUCGCUCGCCUUAAAGUCGAAGAGAUGGAGCACGAGUGUGUCCCGCUCAGCGUAGAAAACGACAAGAAGACCGUACCCAAAGGCGAGAAAGUCCAAGGCUUCAAGCGACUGAACCCUCUCGGUUUCCAGGACGGCAAAAUCCCACCGAAGUCGCCCCGCCCUCGACGGAACAUCUGGCUGAGCCGCAGCCAGUCGGACAUCUUCUCCUGCAAGCCGGUGAGGACUGUCAACGUCCAGGACCCUUACUACAACCCCCCGACCGCUCAGCGAGUCUCCAAGGCCCGCAAGAUCAACCCGUUCACUGCCCGGGAGGACCUGUGCGGGGGCAAGAUCAAGUUCUACGACGUGCCCAGCAAGUCUGUGUUCUCGCUGAUGUUCGACCUCCACUCGCCUCCAGGCAGUGCGUUCACUAACCAGCCAUCCGCUCAUGGAGCCCCGGGGCCGCAGCAGGAGGCGUCUUACUGCUGGCAGCAGCUGCCGGGAAGACAGUGUCACUCCUUACCGGUGUCCCCACAGCUGCCCCGCUCCGAGGUCUUCCACCUCGCUGCCGCCAUUGGCGCCAACAACAACAACGGUUCUCUCACCCCAAACCCCAACCAGCUGUCCACAACGCUGCCAGGCCUGACUGGAAAUGACGUCCGACAGAAAGCGUUGGUGGGUGGCUGGGCGAAGAAGUACGUGGUGGUGGAGAUCCCACCUUACUGCCGGCAGAGAGGAGGGGAGGAGGAUGAGGAGGAGGACGGAGACGUGGAGGUCAGGAAGGAGGGAAACAAGGAGGACUUGUCCGGGCAGAGCUGGUCUCCAAUGGUCCCCGGAAGCGAGAGAGACGGCGGAGAGGCGAUGGACUGCUCCUGCAGCCAGGAGGAAGAGGAGGAGGAGCAAGGCAGAGGGACAGAUACCUGCCCAAUGUAAUAGAUUUCAAACCCACACACUCACAUGAAGCAACAUGGAGGGGAAAACAUUGUAGUUUUGGACAAGAGCUCAGAGACUCUGACUCCUGACGACACGGACAAGGAUUUUGACUGACUCAAGUGACUGUAUCACGUGUUCAAUAAAUCAAUCACAUCUGAUUUAGAUACAUAUUUUUCAAAGCUAUUAACACACGUGUGACAGUCUCCAGUUAGCACACACACACAAAAAAGCUUUUAUCAACACAGCGGAUGCUCGGAAUAGAGAUUUUUGUUUUUCUAAGAUUGUUUAUAUUUACUAUUGUGAGAUGUAGGUUUUUUUUUCUCGCUUAAAAAGUUUUGUAUAUUAGACGUCUUGACUACCCGGUGCACCUUGGGUCGCGUACAUGUGAGAAAUGUGUGUUGAUACCUUCCCCUUGUGUUCUUUGUUGGACUAAUCCUUAAACUAAAUCAACACAACCGUCCGUCUGAUUUAAUGAGACCCAGUGCCGACAUUCACAUGUUUAAUCUCCAGUCAUCAUAGCAAUGCAGUGGUAAAACAAUCAGAGUCGGCAGACUUCAAAGCCAUUGACGUUACGCUGUAUGGCAUUUUUGCAGAAAAUUGUGUCAUUUUUCAUGACGUCAUUAUCAAGUUUGCCACAGAUUUUAAUUCAAAGAACCCACGGGGCUGCUGAAUGACGACCUCUGACAAAAAUCCUGUUUGCAAUUUCCCAAGUUAUGGAAGUCAUGGAAAAAAUAAGCUCUCCAAUGCCACCAGUCCCAUCUCGAUACGACCAUUGGUUCAUGAGAUAUAUGUAUAAGAUAAUAUAUUUUGGGGGGAUGUUAGGCCUUGGUGACCUUGACCUUUGACCUGGGUGACCCAAAAUGUAUUUGCGUGGAGACAAUAUCCAUAUUAACGUGUGUAUCAAGUUCCAUAGAGAUCCGUCCACCCAUUCACGAGUUACAGUCUAAUAUUUUAGAUGUCGACUCGCUCGGAAAAACACGAACGCCCAAAACAGUUACACCUACCAGUCAACUCAAUCACUGGCAACUCUGCCCGGCAACAGCAGUGAGUUUAGGGAGGAAACGUUUUUUUGGAUUUUGUGCAGUCGAUUCACAUUAAAUCUAUAAAUCCUUUACCAGUGGCUUUAAUGUAAUCUAACCCAGUAACUUAAUAUACGGCAGCUUGGAGUCUACUUUGUUUGUUUGUUUGUCCAUAACUAAGUCAAGUUCACACCGUUCAAAAGUCGACGCGGAACAUUUUGCAGGCGGUGUUGUAAAGACGUGAUAUCAAGAAAUUCAAACUGUACUUUUUGGCAUUUAGGACAGCUGCUCAUAAGUCAAAUCACCAAUCUCAUCUCAGAGUUUCCUUGAAUCCACCAUGAGUUUGCAAAACAGUCCCCUCUUAUCACUCAACACAGGAUGAUAGUCAUCCCAAAAAUAAGUCUGUAACUGCCACUUCUGGCCACAGGGGGUCGCCGUUCUGCAAAAGUUACUUGGUCUGUCUAAAAGACAAAAUCAAAUUUUCUCGAAACUUGAGUCUCUUUUAAUUUGAGCACAAAAAUAAUCAACAGACUCAAAAUCUACUGAAACAGUGUUCGGAAAUUAGUGAUUAAUCCUAAAUCUGCACAGAGUUUCUUUCACAAACUUCUAACCCUGUAUUCCAAUUAAAAACAGUCAAGCAUCUGCAAAAAAAACCUCUCAAACAUUUUUUUGUACUAAAUAUAUAUUAUUGAUCUUUGGAGUGAUUUAUUCCUAAACUCAUGUUCCAAGAUUUUCCAUAAAAUUCUGUGAAUAUUUCCUUUACGUCGAGUCUCUGAUACUGUGAAACACUCGCUGAUAAUAUGUGGCUCAAUUCGUUUCAAAUUAAAUUGGUGGUCCCAUGACAUUUUCAAUUAUUAUUAAAAAAAAAUUACAAACUCCAAUCAAUGUUUUAAAAAAUUAAUUGAGUGUGAGACUUCCUGUUUGAUUCUCACCAUGUUUUGUGGAGAUGUAGAAGAGGUGAGAUUUAAGCGUCGCACACGUCACGGACGAGGGUUAAAAAAUUUCUUCAACUUAAUACGAAUAUUAAUAAUUGUUGCGUCUCAUUGGGAAAGUUUGUUAAACAUCAAAUCCACGUUAAACUUUGUCAGUGUUGAUCUGGAUGUGUUUUCAGUGUACGAACUAAAGUGACUGUUAUAAAGUUAAUUUUUUUUAUGGCGUACCACGUUUGCCUCUGCUCCAGCACUUGUCUGCAAUUGGCUGGUCACUCCAACAGGAACUAAAAAUGCACUUGUACAGUGAUCUCCUCCUCUUUAACUCCUCAUCACUACUUUUCUAUGCAGCAGAUGAACCGUUUAUGUGACUGUUUUACAGGAUAAAAGAUCUCAUUCAAUAUUUAAAAAAAAAACAUGUUUAAUGUCUUACCUUUUGUAUAUUUGUGUAAAAAGUUUGUGUUUCCUGCCUCGAUACAUCAAUACAGAUCCAGAUGCCUCCAAA